UCUGAAUUACAUCACAACACUGUGUAACAUUCAAGCCUACUUUAAACUGCGCAACACUUUUCAAAUUGUCAUGCUUGUAAUAGCUGAAGUGAGUUUAUCUGUUACAUGAUGUUAAUGUUAAUGAGUUCUACUAAAAAUACUGCAUGUUCGUGCUUGGCUGUGAAUGCUGAUAACUUGGCUGUAACGACUGGCGUGUACUGCAGAAGCCAUGAGUCAUUUGAAUUACUCUGAGGACUCAUGGGAACACAUCAUUCCUGUUCACCACACUUGUGCUUGUGUAUGCACAACUGCAUGGCAGAACAAGGCAACAGAACGGUGUGCUGUUUAAUGCAUGGACGCACUGGGCCUCAUUUAUCAGUUGUCUUGUAAAGUUGCGUGUAAAUGUUUUUGUAGGCCAAACUGAAUGAAACAUUCCUGCCAGAUUUACAAACGUUUCACUGAUUUUCCUUAUACUCACAUGAUAAAUGCUAAUACAUUUGUAAAUUAAACACGUUCACGGCAUAUUUACAUUUAGUCACACCUACAAAACUCCAUAAAAGGCAAAGCUUACAGACCGAAAACAAAAUGACGACUAAACAGUCAGUCAUGCAAUAAUGAAGCCUGGCUCUUACAGUGCAUCAUAUGGAGUUGACAAUAUGAUGUAAAUGCAGAGCAAAUGGACAUUUUGCAGAGGCUUCACUAACCGUGUCGUGUACAGGCGUCUGGUCGAACUCUAUGGAUGAACAAGCCACAUGACUAGCCUGUGAUUGGUUCUUACAAAUCAGGCAUGACCAAGCUGAUUCAUUCUAAAAUGAAUAACUGAUGCAUUAUCUUCCGGUACUAGUAAAAAGUGUCAUGAAAUUGUAAUAGCGCCACCUGCUGUACUGGAGCACUUGUAAAUGAUGACCAGUGCAAAAGAACAGUAUAUGAGUAUGCAGCGGCACAGUGGUGUAAGUGGUUAGCACUGUCGCCUCACAGCAGGAAGGUUCCGGGUUCGAGCCCAGUGGCCGACAGGGUCUUUCUGCAUGGAGUUUGCAUGUUCUUCCCGUGUCUGCAUGGAGUUUCUCCCACAGUCCAAAGAUAUGCAGGUUAGGUUAAUUGGUGGCUCUAAAUUGUCCGUGAGUGUGAAUGGUUGAGAGGAGAAAACCUCUAUAAUAAUCUAGUAGAAGGCAAUGGGAAACCACUACUAUAAUGUUCCCUAGACACUUUGAUGGCUGAAGCUGUCAGAGAGCAGCCAUGUCGCCGUAGUGAUAUGCCAAAAUGGUCGGAUGGAUGGGAGUAUGCAAGGAUACAUGCUCCUUCCAAAAGAAUGGGUGCCGAUUCUUUUGUCCUAAUUGUAUGGAUGUUUUUUUUUCUCUCAAUUUGUGGAUUUGCUUUGGAUCAGAUUUCUAUUAAUUGGAUUUAAAGUUGACAUUGUCCUCUAUAUGCAGUAUUAAAUUACAAUAACUCAUUAACAGUUACAUUAGUUGAAGCCAAACAAUUGAGCUGCGUCUACUUACAUGUAAAUUUACACAAACUCAGAAGGUGUUUCUCCAAACGAACUUGAUUUUCACAUCUGCUGCAUUUCUUCUGUAGGUUCUCCUGGAAUUUUUUUUCUGUAUUAAUUCAAUCGUAGCCAGCUUGAAAAAUGAGGCCCACUGUGUGUGUCAGUCUAACAUCUAUAAUAAACUGAGAACUCUUCUUUUCCAGUCCAUUGUCAACACAGUGUGUGUCUUCUUGCAUUUCCAUCCUGCUUAUAAAUUGCUUUCUGGAUCACAGCUGCCGCACGUCAUCCAUCGUUCAUGGAAAUCCCCAACAACGAAUGGAGUUUCAUUACAGAGUAAUUCAGUCUGAAGAUGCGGGCGAUUGUGGGCAUCAUGUGUCUGUGCCAGUGUGUCGUUGGUCAGCUGUUGGAGGCCAAAGCAAAGACAACUUCACCGCGAUUUAUUUGCAGUGUCCCAGGUCUACCGGGUACGCCGGGGAAGCCGGGACCACCCGGGCCUUCAGGGGCUGAAGGCCAUGUUGGAAUUCCGGGAAGAGACGGCAGGGAUGGUCGGAAAGGAGAGAAAGGCGAGAAGGGGGAAAUGGGAAUUAAAGGAAAAGUUGGGCCAACUGGCAAAAUUGGUGAGCGUGGAGAAAGAGGUCCAACAGGUAAGCGAGGCCCAGAGGGUGACAAUGGAAACUUGGGACAUCCAGGACCCCAAGGACGGCCUGGACUGAGAGGACAAAAGGGUCAAAGGGGCCCACGAGGAAUACCAGGCAAGUGCCUCUGUGGCAGCCUGGCACCCAAGUCAGCCUUCUCCGUGGCCAUCACUAGCAGCUACCCGGCUGAGCAAGCACCAAUCAAGUUCAACAAAGUCUUAUUUGACGAGGGCGGCCAUUACAACCCACAGACAGGCAAAUUCAUAUGUGCAUACCCCGGCAUCUAUUACUUUUCCUAUGACAUCACGCUGGCCAAUAAGCACUUAGCCAUCGGCCUGGUGCAGAACGGGAAAUACCGCAUUAAGACAUAUGAUGCCAACACGGGGAAUCACGACGUCGCUUCUGGCUCGACGGUGAUAUUCCUCAACCCAGAGGAUGAAGUGUGGCUGGAGAUCUUCUUUAAAGACCAAAACGGCCUGUUUUCAGAUCCGAGCUGGGCCGACAGUCUCUUUUCAGGGUUUCUGCUCUAUGCAGAUACUAGUUACCUGGAUACACUGUCAGAAGACUAUUCUUAAAUCACUGUAAGGAUGAAAUAUAUUUUAUUAAGAUGAACUCUAUGGGCUUGGACUAAUAUAUUAUUUUCAGUAUAAACAAAUGAACAAAUAAGGGAAAUAUUAACUUAUCUGAUGAUUGCAAAUGAUACACAGGUCUUCGUUUUUGACCAUUAUUUUUGUUUCGAACAAACAGAUGUACUUCAGGAAGUUUUAUUCUGCAUGUCGAUGGACUACUAAACCCCCCUGGUCCUAUGACAUCUUCCAUGGUUGUCCCUUAUGAUGGUGGUGCUGACUCUUGAUGUAUAUAGUGCCAGUUUACUAUUUCCAGUACACAUUUUCUUAUGAGCACAAAUCUUUAUGGAGUGAUUGCUAAAACGAUCAAAAUGGUUGAAGUAGUUGUAAUCUGAAGAUGUGUGGAAUGAAGCACAAAAUUCCAGUCUCUGGAUUCUUCAAAGAAAGGUGUGUCAAAUGAGCCACUGGCCAAAAGAGUCUUGUUUAUAUUCACAUAAAAUAAGGACAAGAUAAGAGAAGAGAAGGCAGUUUUCUCCUUCUUAUGAUCUGUGUCUUCUGAAGUCUGCAUUUUCUGCUCAAUAAAAGCACUACUGGUAUGUGAAUGACUCCAAAUGUCGUCCAUUCCGACAAGCAACUCUCUCUGCUUCAGCAUGUAACUGCCUGUGAUAAUAAACAACCGAUUAUUUUGAAUCAA